AUGGCUGUGGUGCUGAUGGGAAAAGGAUGUAAGUCAAGCCCCUACAACGUCAUGUACCUCCUCUCAUGUCUCAAGCAAUGCCAGGAUGACGGGUACAAGAGCAAAGGUGCCUACUGGGGCGAGAAGAGGUCACGCGGAGAUGACUGGAGCAAGGACUCCGGCAGCGGCUACCGACAGAAUGGCAACUCCUGGGGAGGUGGCGGCCGACGUGGGCGAGACCGGGAGCCCCACAAGACCAAGGAAGAGCUAGAUGCUGACCUGGAGCGCUACUUCGGACGAGAGGCUCCCACCGAAGGCAGCGGAGCGAGCAAGUCCAUGGACGCAGAUCUAGACAAGUACAUGGGCCGAGGUGACAAGGCCGCAGACGAAGAAAAGCCUGCUGAGGAGGCGAAGGACGAUAAGGAGGCCGAGAAGGCCCCCGUCGGUUGCCUUGAAUUGAUCCGCUUUCUCUUCGAUCAGUGGCCUAGCCGCUUUCUGUUUGACCAGCGGUCCACCGCUUUCUGCUGGCACUGGAUCAGCGGCCCGGCCGCUUCUGUUGCGCCAGCUAGCGGCUCAGCCGCUUUCCGUAAGAUGAGUGGUGCAGCCGGUGUCAUUUCUGCUGGAGCGGCUCAGCCGCUUUUCGCAGACAAGCGGCUCAGCCGCUUUAUGUUGACUCAGCGGCUCAGCCGCUUUAUGUUGACUCAGCGGCUCAGCCGCUUUAUGUUGACUCAGCGGCCCAGCCGCUCUGUGUUUUGA